GCUUGUUGGCUGCUUGGCGGGCUCGCAGAUGGCUGACGGAAAAAUGCCCAAAGAGGAGGACUUUCUCAAGAGCCUGGAGAACCAGCUGGGGCAGAGCAACGGCCCACCGCAUCCGGACAUCGUAGCCCUGGCUGCGGCGUGCGCGGAGAACAUCCUCAACCCCGACUACCUCUUGGGCUGCGGGGAGCCCUUCUCAACCAAAAACGGCAACAACGGGCUAUCUGCCCUGAAGGCUUCAGAGUCGGACUUUAUGGUCGGCGACCUCUUUGACCCCAAGGUCAAUGGCCACGCGUGCCCUGAUGACCUCAUUCGGGCCGUGCAGCAGGAGGCCAACAACAACAACAGCAGCUUCAGCUUCGAUGAUGACGACCUAGAUCUGGACGAUACGAAGGCAGCGUUGUCUGCAAAGCCAGAGAAGUCGGGCAGCCGGAGUAGCGGUGACAAUGGCGCGGCAACCGUCACGCUGUCGAGUCAAAAGAUGGCGGGCCUCAAGGACCUCCUCCUCGCGGAGAAACUGAACACCUCGGCGAUCCAGCUGCAGCUCACGGCUCAAUCGCAGGUCCAAGUGGUCAAGCGGGGUCAAUCCAAUCCGGCCGGUGGACCCCACGAGCCCACGACGCGACACUCCAAGAGGACGCGCAGAGAAUGAGAAGCCCGAAUGUCAUGCUUCGCUAUUGCUGCUGAAGCCCUCCCCAUUGUCUCGGUUCUUCACUGCUAAGCGACAACUCUUCGUCUGUUUGCACUCAACGCCAUCUGCAGACACGUUCGCAAUUCCCGUUGGUUUUCAACGGCGCAGUGCCCUACCUGAAAUUGUGAAAGCUCUUUGGCUUGGCAUUUCUCGCUGUGGCUCCUCGGUACUGUGGCACUCGUUCCCCAUUUGCUGCUGCACUAUGUGGCCUGUGGGCCGCCCUAUGUGGCCUGCGGGUCACCAUAUGUGGCCUGCGGGUCGCCUUUGCUUGAAAUGCUCGAUCACAUUGGUGCGCAAGCGCAGGUGGCGCCAUGUUUUGAGAUGUGUUGUCGCUGCAAUGUGUGAAAUGUUUUAGAUCGAUUUGUUAGGUCAGCAAUGGUGGAAUUGUCUUUUUUUUGUGUGUUGAUGUGGUCUUGCGCCACGGCGUGAACCUUGUGGUAUUGUUGGUUGCACCAACACUUUGUCUUGUGUUGGUUAAUGUUGUUUAAAGGUUGGAAGGAGAGGGUGUUUUCGUUCCCCUUCCCAUUUUAAUUUUAUUGUCAUUAUUUUUUUUUUUUGCAUGUACAGACCGCAGGUUCAACCGUAUUUGAACUUCAUCAGGGGUGGCACCUUGAACGACGUUGAAGAGGCCCCCCAAUUCACACACUGUUGUAGUAUACACAUCUUUUUGUUGAACCGAGACGUGGGUGUUAUUUAAGCGUUCUUUUGUCAAACGUGAAUGCCCGGUACGAAGCUUUAAGCCAUUUUUAGAUCCCCCCCCCCCUCUAUUCCGUUUACGUCGCACAUAUGUAGUCACCUCCGCAUUUAGAGAGCACCGCAGCAGCCAGUUCUGCAUCCCUGGGAUUUAUUCCUCGUGCGUUACUCAGGUGCGCUUUGCCUCGCGUCAUUUUGAAUGCUGGACGCACAAGACUGGGGAGGGGCACUGCUUACGACACUUCCCAGAAUUUGGCAGCAUGCAGGCUGCGUAGAGCUCAGCCUACGGUGUAGUGCUAGAGCUCAGCCUACGAUGUAGUGCGAUUCCUGCACUACUGUUAUCGAUAGCACUGAGUGCUUAUAAAGCAUUCAUUGCUCCUUAGCUAUGUCACAUGGCUUGCAUUUGCGAAAGCUUUAUUGCCUAUAAGAAACUGAAUGGUAAGCCCUAAGGUUGUACGGAGAUGCGCGUUUUUAUUCUCGAGACUUGGUAAAAGAAGAGUUUUGGGCUUGCCACUGUUUUGGUAUCACCUAAACCUUGGACGUUUGUAUCUCACAGCUCGCAUCAGUCCAUGAAACAACCUGCGUUGUUGUCUGUAAAAUCUGCAGCAGUCUGAUGCGUUUCGUAAAACGUUUGCUUACGUGAACAUUGUACGUCAACGUUGUACAUUCACCUACAACGUGAACAUUUCAUACAAGGUUCACGUACAACAGUGGUCUUUCGUUAAUGCCGUAGAGCCAGUUAGUAAAGGUAAUAAGCAUAUAUUAAACUAUGCGGAAGAAAGAAAUGCAACGUUGUUACAAGGGCAUGGAGAAGACGAAGCGGUUGUUCAGAGAAAAACACGGGUCACUGUACAGGAAUUGCCUUUGCAAUAGGCACACGCUAGAUGCGGCGGAUACGCGUUUGAGGAGAGAGAUGAUGAGGUUGCGCUGUUUGUAUGCAGCUGUUUGCAACUUUAUUCCUCAUCAACCUCGCGGAGCUUAGCCUUGUGACAACACGCGCAGUGACAAGUCAGAUGUCACGGUAUACAUGUGAGGUUUAUGUGUGUGUAUAUAUGUACAUAACUUGUGGUCUUAUCUUUGGUUGACUUCUAGUCGAGCAUGGUCAUUUUGCGCGUUUUCGUGCGUGGGUAAUUUAAUUCCGUCUCAAAUUUUUUUUCUUUCUCGGGAGAAGCUAAAUGAUUUUUACACCUCGUUGUCGGGUAUGAUGAGCCUUCUUUGUUUUCUCUUCUCGAAUAUGUAAAGCUGCUAUGGUUUAGUACAGGCUUGGGAACGUUUGUUUCGAUGUUUUUCUUAAGUUCCUCGAGUUUAUUCUUGCGUCAAUUUAGAAAAGAAAAUUUUACAACGUUAUGAAGCACCUGUGGUAGUUUUGGUGAUGGGAGCACUCGCACACUGUUUCUUUGAUGUAGUUGUAUCGCAAUUUGCACCAACAUUCACAUCUCGAGACAUAUUUAUAUUGGGCACUGUAUUUUAGGAGCGCUCAUUCUUUUCUUUUCUUGAUCUAAUACCAUGGAGAUCUAACUUUUCUCUAUCGCUGUCUCCCACGUUGGCAUCUGGCUUGCGUUGUGCAGGUAACGCUUGCAUUUGACUUUUACAUUUGGUCAGGCUGUGGUCAGUGCUUGUGGUAAGAAAGGCAUAACACACCUACCAGACCACUUUUCUUUCGUGUGCUGGGGAACUUAAAGUAAUGUAAGGAUUUAUACUAUUUCGCGCUAUGAACAUGAGAUUGAGGAAUGAAGCACACUAAUGAAUUUAACGAAGCAUAGGCUUCUUUCUGCUUUAAUCUCCAAUGCGUGCAUACUAUGUGGUGAUAACUGUGAGACGACAGCUUAAAGGGACCGACAACUGAGCACAACGUGUUAUUAGAUCCUGGUAGAAAUGAAAAGACCGGGAAAUAUAGUGACAGAUUCCAGCAUCCUUUUCGCGUUGUGAGUAGGAUUUAUAUUUUUAAAUUGUGCUUAAAGGUAACACAAGCCUGUAGGUUGUGCAGCCUAGCGGAAGAGCCUUGAAGCUGGAUUAUGAAGUCAGUAACUUUGAUGUAGUCACUUAGUCUGAUGCUGUCAUGCGCGCCAUAAUUGGUCCUCAAAGUUAGAAUAUGUAUAUUAUUAUCUAUCCCCGCUCUGUUCUCUGCUGCCUAUGAGGUAAGAGGAGUUGCACAGUGAGAAGUGGCGCUGCCUUCGCGGCUGCCAGAGGCCCCGGUCGAGCCGCAGCGCAUGCGCAUGGAGUGCACGCAUGCGCAGUAAACUGCCAUUCGAACACGAACCGCUCUUGCGCUCAUUGUUUGCAGCAUGUGUUGUGAAGUGUGUAUAAGACUUCAUAUUCGGCACAGAUAGAAAAAUUCUUAUUAAAAAUGUUUCACGGCAUUUUCCACGUUACCAUUCUGUGGCUAGACACUCUGACCAGUUAGCUUUCUGUUGCGCUAAAGAAAGUAGGUGCCCUAAAAAGUGGUUGUCAGUCCCUUUAAGGGUGUAAAAAAAAAUCUUUUUAAAUGGGGAAAUUAGUAGAUAGGUGCACAUUUACGGAGUGCCCGAAAGCUCACAUGCUCACUUGCUUGCAAUGAAGAUCUGCUUGCGUUGCAGGAGUUAAGGCUUAAAGGGACACUAAAGAGAAACAGGGAGUUCAGUUGGAAUGAAAGAGGGUCCUUAAGGAAUGCAUACAGCUUUUGUCCAGUGCAAAAAUACAACAUUAGUUGAGAAAUUCGUAACCAACGACCAAUUAUAUCUUCAAUUUAUCUUGCUGUAGAUUUGGUGUUAAACCAAUGUUGCUGCAGGCUUCAUUGCCUUAAAUGAAUCGGAGAUUGCCACAAUAAUUUGGCCAUUGCUUCCGCGUUCGCUGCGACUGAUGUUGUUGCCGAUGCCGAACCUUGCAAUGAAGAUCUUGCCAGGGAUGCAGGAUUGCGUUUUCGCGGCUUCAGCCAAACGGAGCACGAAAUGAUCAUUGAUGCUUGCGUUGCAGGAGUUUCUGGUACCACAGCAAGGUGCCUGUAACACCGCCGGAAAGUGAAGCCUCACGUCUUUUUGCAGAAGGCAAGGUGUCCGAUUGUCAAUUGCAGUUCUUGUAUGCUGUAUUUUAUUUUGCGUUUUUAUUAACGAUGAAUAGCUCUUGACUAAUUGCAGCGGGGCUGCAUUUGCUAUCUUCGACAGCGCAAACAUCUAGUGCGGGAUAUUUGAAGUCGUGUGAGCACCUACCUCUCUUUUUUUUUUAAUUAUUUGUUUUAUUAAGAAUGGCAUGACUGUGAUUUUAAUGGGAUAAUUUACCAUUAAAGUGCAAAAGAGAAAGUUCCUGUUUCUUUUUAGUGCUCCUUAAGUCCUGUGACUUAUGUCAAUUGCAUUUCCAAAGAAUCUUAUAGGGUAGUCACUUUUAUCUCUGCAGAAAGGUCACUGCAAAAGUUAGACAAGUGGCAGGAACCUUGACGUAAAAAAUGCUUUCAGAUGAAGCAGUGAAAUUGUGAUAAACUUUACGGAACUAAAAAAAACCCACCAGUAUAGGUAUAACCCAUCUAUUUAACAGUAGACAAUUAUGAACCAGAAUAUUUGAGGCCACAUUGAACUUACAUGCUGUUUGAGUUCAGUGGCAACAAAGAGUAUUUAUCUUGAGCGGUUGGCGACCAUGGCAGAAUCGCAAUAUGCGGUACUGCUGUAAAGGACAAACACCAAGAGUGCUGGACUGUUCUUGUGUUAGAAGUGUAGGGAAGGUUGGUAGUUAAAGGGACACUAAACUCGAAUAAAAAUUUAUGUCAGAAUGAAAGGUCACUGUUUGGCAAUGUCUAAUACGUCAUUAUUAUCAAUAGCAGUGCUCUAGUAAUUGACAAAUUAAGGUAAAUGUAGGACACUAUAUGCGCCACCAGUGGGACGUUUUGGGAUGAGCCCGAUGACGUCAAGAGUCCUUAGUACAAAUUAUCAGUAGUAUUCAAGCUACUUAUAAUAAAAAAAGAACAUCCCGAGCAUUGCAAGAUGUAAUAAAAUGCUGCUUGUACAUGGAUAAAAGAGCUUGAUGUUACAGCGGAGAACGGCGCGGGUUGUGCAAAAGUUCCAUUUUCGCCGGGCUUCGCUCAGCUCACAUGGUUGCGUUUCAGUGGUAGUUUCGUUAUCGUGUAGUGCUGCAUGUGUCUUGCACGCUCACGAAAGUCGCUCUAGCGGAAACUUCAAUAAAAUGCCAUGUCCAUGUGAUAUUGUGUAAUGUGCCCUUCAGGGCAGAAGCCACAGCGUCGGCUGCUGGGCAGUAAAGGCGGGCAACAUUGGACAAGGCAAAUGCCACGUCAGGAGGCCUUUUCAGGCACGCGAUUUGAAGUGCGUUAACGCCGUGUGGACCACUGAAACGUUAUUUUCAUUCAAAAUAAGCAUUUCCUUGGCAUGAAACAAGCACUACGAGGUCUCUGGAAUGCUAUUUCAACAAUCAACGUCAACUUAACAUUUGCCUUUAGUGUCCCUUUAACAACAUUGCUUGAAUCACGGUAAAUCUGUGCGACAAUCUUUCCAUGUUACGUUCAGUUGAUGGUCAGCCGUUGUUGGUUUCCUAGCACCAGCUGCCUGCUGAACUAACCUCAAAUGUGAGGAAUGGAAACGGCACUGACAUACUUGCUGUCGGCAUGUUGUCACUUGCAGAUUUGUGUAUUGCGGUUUUGCCAUGCCGAUAGCCACUCACUUGCACUACCACCUUUUCAGUGCACCUUACACGAUUUCGUAAAAGCCCCGUUGUGCCUUUGUUGAAAUUUUGGCCUAGAAACUUGAAACUUGGCUCUCUCAGUUUACUUUGACUUGGUAUUCAUACCAUCUUGCUGUUGGGUUUCUAUCAACGCAGUGUUUCGAUUGCUUAUCCUCGGAAGGUUGCAAUACUGUUCAUGGUCAUCUGCGAUGAAAAUCUUUAGCUAAAUUCUUUACGUGUGAUGCCACCAAAGCUAUCUUGGCAGGGCCACAAUGUUGGUAAUAGUGCAGUAUAAUGGUAAUGUUUAAGUGUAGGUAAUGGAUAGUAAUGGUAUAGUAAUGCUAGCUGCCUUCGAACAGCACCUAAACAGAUGAUGCGUGCACCUCGUUGUAGUCCAUAUGACAUAGGUGCGGCUGCAUUGAAAUCUUCCAUAAUGCAUUCCAUAAGGUCCGUAUGAUUUCCGUAUAUUUUAAAGUAUAUGCAGAUUCCUAAAAUUUCAUUAAAUGUCCAUAUUAAUUUUACGGACAACAUAUAGAAUUGGAAUGUGUACGGAAGGUUUCAAGGAGGAGGCAUGCCACCUCCAAGGUGUUUCAGCUCUGUUUAUCUCUGAGGUCAUAUGAAUGAGCCAUGCUUUUCACGUCGCACAUUUGUUGUGUUACUUCCCGCAGUGGUAAUGAUACCUCUGCGAUCCACUCGUAUUUCAAAUGUCAAACAUUGCAUGAAGACUCUUCUGUAUCUUCACUUUGAAACCAGGCUCUUGGUACGGUUUAAGAUUUUGCUACGUUUGGCAUUCAGUAGACUCCACUGGGAACGUUGGAACUGGCAACUGUCGAUGUCUGCAGUAAACCAUCUAUGUCGCUCGCAAGGCUUGGUGUGUGGUAGUGCUAACUCCGCCAGAAGUGGUGCGUGACAUGCCCAUGGCGCCAUUAGAGGGUCCAGAAGAGGGCCGACUGUCGGCUCGCUUGAAUUGGGAGAAGUGUGCACUUGAAAUGCUGAAGUUUAGGCUGGCACGUCAGAGUACUUAAAGUACUUAAGCUACUGCCGGCUGACUUCGCAUUAUUCGGGGCCAAGCACGCUAACCAAGUGCUAUGAUAAAGAGCUUAGCUCCUAGGGGCUGAUUUCCAUUCUGCAAAACCGUCUUUCUUAGAGAGCACUAAAAAAAAAAAUGCCUGUGCAUGCCUUCUCAACUAGUAUGGUUGAAAUCGGCUAGAAAUAACUCCAAAAUUCUGCAUUGAGACUAGCUUUACUGAAUCACUGCUUCUUUAACUAACGUCUCCUGAGCCAGUUUUAUACAGUAGUCUGGCCUAACGUAGUGUUUGCCUUUAGUGUCGCUUGAGGAAGUUUCAGAAUAGCCAUUUUUCUUCACGUUAAACGAAGGUCCAUCGAACACCAAGAACAACGCCGGCUAGUGUAGAAGCGUUCUGUAUAACUCAGUGUAACACUUUUUUAUGCAAACCGGAUUCACAUGGUACACACAAUUCGUGACAUAUUGAUUUGAUCGAUUCAUGUGUAUCGGUGCAACUGCCAAACUUGUGCAAAGCUGAAAGGAAUGUGUGCAGCAAUUUCGGUAAACUUCGAUCGGAGUCGUCACACCUAGCUUUCCAUCUGCACAACGAGGUUCUGUGGCGCGGCGUGACGUUGCCGUAAUGUUGACAAGCAACAAUAAAUUUAAUGUAAACAUAAAAUGUCUCGCGCUCCCUAGCCUCCGCAUUUACCGAGUCAAUCAUUUGUAUGUGCAGGAAAUGUUAAAGCAUCUACAACUACAACUACGAAAAUGUGUAUCACCAUUCCUGUAAAUGCUCUCUGUAGCCAGACGUUGCAAGCUGCAAACUGGUGGCAGGCUGUGUCAGCUGUCUUGUGCGAGCAGUUUAGCUUUUUCCAAGCAUGGCAUUUCAAUAUCUCCAAUAGGGUUGGCACUAGCAUUUAGUAGCAUUAGCAUAUGUAGAAAAAAAAAAAGGCAUUUUGUACCGUUUAUACCUGCCUGCGCAGGUUUCAAAGCACGUUUUGAUAGGCCACAGUUUUUUUCACCGUGAACCGAGUAGUUAGCGAUGCUCCUGUAUAAAGAAAAACUUUUUCCGCGACUUGUAUAUGCAGAGUUCGUAAUGAGACGAUGCCGUAAAGGCAGUAGUGGCACUAAUGUGGAAGGAGAUUAUGAGGUCACAGUAUUACUGUUUGAUUUGGACUACUCGUCGAUAGAUUUCAGUUCAACGAGGUCUGCCUCUGUGUUUGGAGAACAUUAAUCAAAUGAUUAAUUAUAGUUGAAUGAAUUGAUGACAAAUGAAUUGAAUGGGCCUAGGAGCAAGAGGGAAAAUGCUAUUUGCCUAGAUUACGAUAAAACUUUCAUUUUAUUGAUAUUUAUGAAUGUGUGUAGCAACCUUUAGCGAUAUCUAUUCCUAGUGCUUCUGGCGACAAUAGCUCCUGAUUAGGACCACACGCCAGGUGUAAAAGAUCAGUAAAAUGCUACAAGAUGCUCGUAAUUAGAAAAAUGAGGCAGCCGACAGGCUCAUAAGCCGAUGAUACUUCAUAAAAGAGAGUUUUAAAUAUUCUACUGCACAGGACCAUGCAGGUGACAAGAAUUCAGAUUACCUGACAGAGAGCUGUCUAAUUAUUGAUCCGAGCGUAAUUUGAGUUAGUUGCAGAUAAUUCUGUUGAUCUGCGGACUGAACAAGUGCUUGGCGAGGUAGGCUGAUUGUAACAUACGCCUUUUGUUUUUGCCUGCAAGAGAAUGUGUGAAAAAUUUUUGUCCCAUACUCCCCCGCUGCAUUUGAUGCUAGCGCAUUUAGGGCAUUUGAAAUGUGUACCGGAGAAUGGACAGGGUCAUGACUUUUUUGUGAGCUAGAUAUCUCUAGUUAGUACUGCUCAUGGAACAUUGAAGCCCCAAAGAGUCUGCAAGACAUUUCAUUGUCAAGAGCUGUGCGCUUCACUGUAAGAGCAAGUGUGUACGUAAAAUAGUCGCAACGAUUGUUUUAUUGGAUUGUACUUCUUUAGGACUCGCUUCACGACUGUAUGAACAUGCGGUUGGCACCUUUACGCAAGAGCUUGUAUCUGUGUGAAUGCGCAGUUUCCUUGGGCUAUACACAGUUUUUGUGGUCACGUCUGUUAGGACGUCCAGAAGUGUGCGCUUCUAGGGUUUAUGCAGCAGUGAAACAGGUGUCAUCACUGUUGACUUGUCGGUGCAAAAAUUGUUCUUGUCGAUGCACGGUUGUGCGUGGGAGAAAGGGAUCGUAAGAGUUGUAGCAAGUUAUGUGCGGUAUUGUUGCAAGGACUGUGCGUGACGUUGCAAAAGUGCGCUUAAAUUGCUGCACGCAACAUAUGGAAAAUGUUCUCGACAGCCUAGCGUUGCGAAGCCGGCACUGUCUGCGUAGACUGGAAGAUAUUCUGUGAGGAUGGCAGUUGUGGUCACUAUGGUGUGCAAAAAAUGUUCCUGGAAAGAAUCUUGACGUUUGUUGAGAGCCGUUGCUGUUGCGGAAGUUUGCAAAGGUUCGGUUUUCAACACUGUCGUCGGGACGUCAACUGUUGUGUCGAUUUGUCGAUGGUGACAGCGAGUUUUGGCUGUUCAGCGCGCGCUCGCUGCUGUUGAAGUGAAGGGUAUUUGUUGCAUGCAGUCGAAAGUCUAUUCCGCGUGAGAGAGGAAGGAUUAUCGUCGUUGUUGAGGCCGCAUUUUCGCCGCCGCUGUGAUUGACGAGUUCCCAGGUUUAUCCUCCAGAUUGAUGCAAGAAGUGAUGCACAAUAUGCUGUACAGAAUUGUGACGACGUGUGCCCAUAUUUUUGUUAGAAAGCAGGUGUUCGUGGCCGCUUUCGUUUGUUGCGUCUGCCUGUUCUGCGUUUUGCCGGUGCCCUCGCUCGAAUGGAAUUCCUCUCAGGUUCGUCUUUGUGGUGGAUGUGGAGGCUUGCUUCAUCUUAUUCCUUGGCUUACCGGAUGGUUAAGAUGAGUCAGAAUAUUUGAAACAUUGUAUGGCUCGCAGAAAAUGACAAGAAUUUGUUUUGUGUUGUAGUUUGCUUGUAGUGUAAGCACUGAAAGUGACAAAGGUUGAAAUGAGAUAGCUAUUUGUCUUUUCACUUUUGGGAAUGAAUUCACUCUUGCAAGGUUUCAUGUGUACGCUUACGUUUCACGUGCACGUGGCAGCAUCUAUGCAUUGCAAAAUUCUUGGCACCAUGCUUAAGACAGCAUACCUGAUACUUUGUUAUCAAUGCCGUUGGCCAUAAAUGCCAGCCCAUUUGGUGUUGGGCCCGAUUUUCAUCACCGACAAAACACUGAAUCAGGGCAUCAGUGUCUGUCGUGAGACAGCGUUUUUUCACUAGAUUCUUCUAAACGACACUCCAGUGACAUUAGCCGAUGUUCUCAACGUCCCCGGUGUCUCGUUUUCAAAGACAAAGCCGGGAUAAAACACAGUAUAUAAUGUGACCGUGACGUGACGCCAUCACGUCACGUUUUGUCAUGACGUCCGGCAUUUGACGUAUUGUAAAUUGGGACUCAGGCUUGUUGAAGCAAUCGUGUUUGUGAAUGUAAACAACCGAGCAUGUUACCCUAGGAGUAGAAGUGAUAAUGUUCCAUAAGACGAGCGAGGAUACUUACUCGGAUUUACCGAACCUCUGCACUUGUUAUGACAACCGUCAUUCCAAACGAAGGAAUAUACUUCCAGCGGUAGCAGACUUGUAGCUUGACUAGGAGUUCCGUUAGAGCGAAGGCAACAGUGCCGGGAAUUUCGAACGCUUCGGGUGUAUUUGAAAAGAUCUCGACUUGUUGAGGAGAUGGCUCGACCAGUAGAGUGUGUCACCAAAGUACCACUGUACAUAGCAUGCUAGAGAAGUAGCCUAUCUAUCUGUUGAAUGUUUAGUGGCUCGUAUAUUUUUCGCUUGUUACUUGUUUCUUGCGAGGGAGGCCCAACUCCAAGCUGUGCGUACUCCAUAAGAAAUACGUCGGUUCUUGUCGUGGUCACGUUGUAGUCAGACGUGUGUACCAGUGUGUGUGAGGAGGCUGUGUCGAGUUGCAUUUCACGAUUGCGAGCAUUUAUGCAGAGCAAAGCGCUUUACGUUGCUUAGCCCGAACCCCACUUCACAUGAGAAGGAAAAUGCCUUAGUUCAUAAUCCUUACCUGGGCAUUGUGGGUUUGAACUUCUGUGACCUUUUCAAAGCACGAUAGGCUGGUCUAAGAAAAGGCUAAUUUGCAAUUUUAAUUGCGUGAUUUUCAGCGAGCUUGUUUUGAAGGGCAGGACUGAGGCUCUCUAGAAGCAUGUCUACAUUGCCACUCAAGAAAACAAACUCAUGCAGUCUUUUUGUCUGUGGUAAUGCUGUAAAUUGCCUUUGGUACCAAAUUAGUGCAUUCAUCUUUGUAUUGGCUGCGCACGAUGCUCAGUGGAUUUUAUGAAGUGGGAAGCACUAACAAUCCAGAUUUGAGACAUACAAGGAACACUGUGAUAUGCUUGUUGGAAAACUGAAUCGACUGCCUGUAUCACAGAAACUACUUACUCUAGGGUUAAAGCAUUACAAAGACGAGUAGGACUACAAAAGUACACCAUAGCUUAUGUAUUACAGGCUACUAACAAACAAAACAACAUUACACAAUAUGCGGAAGCGAUAGGGGCUGGACGGCCGUUCUGGUCAGGGCUUGGUUUUGGGACAAACAAAUUAAAUUUCAUGCUGGCAUGCUCCUGGGAACAUUGAUCUUGGGUUGACGAUCACCACUAGAUGUAAACUAUAGUGAACAGCACAUUGAUGGAACGGGUGAGAUUUUCUUAAAGGAAUUGGUUGCCAUGACAUCUCGUCCCCACUCUCGCCUCUUAGCUUUGAGCUUGCCCGUGCCAAUGCAAAAGAACUCCACUUUCUCAACUUGCAUUGUAGCGUGUCAGCUCUCGCUCUUUCUUUGCGAGUGGAACAGUGAAAUAUUCAAGGUUCGUUUGAAGGACGGCCAUGGGUUUUUCGUUUUUCAACGUGGAAGCCGGGGUUCGGGCAGAGGUUCUUGCUUCAGGAGGUCACGGAGCGGUUCCUCACGAGCUUUACAAGUUCCGCACGGCCAAAGGAAAAAAAUUAUCUUGGAAGCGAGAGAUGGCGUUGACAUUUUGCGUCACGCAAUGUGAUCCGAGAGUCAAUGGCGUGGCCCGCUUUUGCUGCGAGUUUUUCGGGUGGUGUCCCCUCCGUUGCCGUUCCUCGAGUGGAGAUGUACGCGUAGUCGUAGCGGUUGUCGGCUUGUGCAUAUUGCCUGUUUGGUGUGUGUCUAACUCACAUGUCAGAGCUAUGCAAGUCCACAAACCGCGCACACACUUUUCCUGGGGGUGCUGAAAACGCUUCGGCCUGUCGCAUUCCCCCCACCCCACCCCUCCCAACCACUUCUACCUUACAAGGUCGAUUCCCCCCUGUAGAGAGAGAAACUGUGAUGUUUUUUUUUUUCGUCUCCUGCUCUGAUCUUUGAUCUGUAGAAACCGGUUCUGCUUUUUGUUAAAAAAAAAAAAAAAAAAACGUGCUUGUAAAUAGUCUGACCUCAUUACAGCAAAGUCGUAUCCAGCACAAAAAUACCUUUGUUACGUCCAACUCUGUCUUCUGAACUCAACAAACAUGGAUAUAGCGAAGUUUCGGAUAUUACGAAUUUCCGGAUAUAACGAAUUCUACAAGAAGUGUUGCUGUUUGAUGUGAACACGUGAUAAAUACAGGCUUAUACUGGAAGUCCGGUAUACCAAAGGUAUUGGUGUGUCUGAUGCGAUUUUGUGACGGGGUUAUAAUUAUAAUACAUUCAUUGAAGUCCGACAUUAGCGAUAAGGAUUUCAGAUCUACUUUUCUUAUAUCCAUGUUCUUUCGUUCUUCGUUAACCUACUACUAUCUUUCCACCAAAUGUUGAUAUCUCAAACAACCCAAGUGUCAGCCCAACGUUUGAUCUUGCAUAAGCACAGUUCACCUUAUGCCUCACUCUUUGAGGCUUGGGUCGACUUCUCAAUCACCAUUUCUGCAUUUAAUGCAGCUUUUUUUCUUUUUUAUGGAAACACUUUUCUAAAAGCAUUUGUGAAACUUGCACAGAUAACGCACCAGAAAAUGUUAUACUAUAUUAUCUGUUGUUCUUAAUUUUUUUUUUUACAACACUUAAUUGGCAUGAGGAGACAUCAUCACAUUGCAUGUACUGCUAAUCUAUUGGUUGCUCUAAAAAAAAAUGAAAGAAAGCUGUUUGGAAUACUCACAACUUCAUUUUGAUCACCUUGAUAUUGGUAUCGUCUUCGCACUGCACGAUGUAUUUUGUCUACAGGUUGUUUUCAUGUCUCGAGUGAUUAUAGAUCGAUUAUCCUAGCAGUUUGCUUUGCAAGUGUAAUUUUGCAUUUUACGGAGUAGUCAGAGUGCCAGUUUUCAAGCAUUUCGGCAUUGCAUCACUGCAAGCCAGGUUUUCCAUUUUUGACAGAGUCAUCACUGUUUGUGCUCUGUGUUCAAUGUUUGUGGACGAGGUCAAAUCGAUUGACAUUAGCGAAAUAUUACUAAUGGCUCUAUGAGUCACCCAUCUUUUUUUCUCUGUUUAUUUUCCGAAUGGAAAACAGACCAAUGUUGUCAAAGUCGGUGUGUGUGUACUUUCUUUUCUUCUUCCUCGAUGCACGUAGUGUGUUCUCUCAAUGCAUGUGCACCUAAUGUAUCACUUAUUUUGUACAUAAAACCAUGUGGGUAGUCAGUGUAUAUCUUUGGUUCACAAUUUACAGCUGUCAUUGAUCAUGUAUGCAUGCAUGUACUGAGUGAAAAAAGUGCAAGUCAUAUUUUGGCUCUACUUUCGCGUGUGUGUUUUUCGCUUACUGGCAGAAUUUGGUAGUUUGUCCACACUGACCAGGGUUGCCAUUCUGCACACUGGCGAAUUCUGCCAUGUUGUCAAAUUCGCUAUCUUGUUAGCUCCGAUUGGCUGAGAGGGCUGCUACGUCCUUUCUGACUGGUUUAAAAUGUUGCCAUCACAGAAUUUGACAAUAUGGCGGAAUUCAACAUUGCCGAGAAUAGUACCCUUGUUCUCUUCUUUUCCAUUCUUUUUCACACAAACAGAUAUAUUAUGCAAUAGCUUUUGUUUGGUUUUUUUUUCUCUGUACAGCAACAUUUAUUUUGAUUUGAAAGUUAUACAGAAAUAUUCAUGCACACUUGCACAACACACAAAACACAGUUUCUCCGGUUAACAUGGUUCCUCUUUUUUUUCUUACAUGUGGUAAUUAAGUUGGGUGCCGAGUGCUCAUCGGACUUGCCACUGGAAAAAGAAGAAGAAAGAAAAGAAAAACAAAUAAAAUAUGUCUGGUCAGUAUUUGAAA